AUGGGGUUCUUCACCUUUAUCAAGGUCAUGAUGAUCCUCUUCAACCUGGCCAUAUUCCUCGGUGGCGGGACCCUCCUGGGAGUUGGCAUCUGGGUCACAGUAGACGGGCAGUCAUUCCUGAAGAUAUUUGGGGCGCUAUCCUCUAGCGUACUGCAGGUCGUGAAUGUGAGCUACUUCCUCAUCGUCAUUGGGUCCAUCCUGCUGGUGAUUGGCUUCCUUGGGUGCUAUGGUGCCCAGAAGGAGAGCAAGUGUCUCCUGAUGAUGUUCUUCUCGGUGGUCCUGAUCAUCUUCAUUGCCGAAAUUGCUGCUGCUGUGGUGGCUCUGGUCUACACAGGUCUUGCAGAGACACUGCUGACGUCUGUGGUGACCCCUCUCCUGAAGGAGAAGUAUGGGGCGGAUAGCAGUUUCACAAGUAUCUGGAAUAUCACCAUGGGUGAGAUCCAUUGCUGUGGCCUGAAUAACUACACAGACUUCACUCACUCCCCCUUUUAUAAGAAGAAUGAAACCUACCCAGAGUUCUGCUGCAAUGGUGUGAAGCCCUGCAACGAAACGCUUGCUGCAAAAAAGGACGUCUCGGGUUGUUUCCCUCAGAUCUUGAAAGAAAUCAAGACUAACGCAGGUGUGGUGGGUGGCGUGGCAGCUGGCAUCGCUGCCUUGGAGAUCUCAUCCAUGGCAGUUUCCAUGUACCUGUACUGCAGACUGGAUCAGAAAUGACCCCGUGAGGCAGGAGGAU